UAAUUUCGUAUUUUGUUGAUUCGUGGUUAUUUAUUUCUUUGUGUGAACGUAGUAUCUAUUUAGUUUGUGGUGUGAAUUUUGAUUGUAAUUAUACUAUCUUCCGAUCUUCCUUUUUCUUCAUUGAAAAGAUGGGUUGUGAUGGCGGUACUAUUCCACGUCGUGAUGAACUUGUUCGAAUGAAAAAGAAACCCGAACAGAAAGACAAAGAUGCAGAGCGCUCAUUUAAAUGGAGGAACUGUGCAUUAUCACAGCAGCGGCUCCAGGAGCCAGUUGUGGCGUGUGGCCUCGGGCGACUCUACAGCAAAAGUUCUGUACUUGAAGCACUACUUGAUAAGGAGACAAAGCCGGAUUCUAUCAAACACAUCAAAAAUUUGAAGGACAUCAAAGACCUGAAACUUGUGAAGAACCCUGCCUAUGUAGAGACCGAGCAUACCGAUGGGGCCGUUGGCGAAGGCAAUGCCCCAUACAUCUGUCCUAUCAGCGGAUUGGAAAUGUCCGGGAAAUGCCGCUUCAUAUUCCUUUGGAGCUGCGGCUGUGUUUUGGCUGAGCGAGCACUGAAAGAGGUGAAGCAGCAUAUCUGCCAUAUGUGUCAGCAACCCUUCACAGAUGAUGACGUUGUUGUUCUCAAUGGAACAGAUGAAGACAUUGCAAAACUCCAGGAGAAGAUGGCCAUCAGGGUUGCCUCAAGAAAGACCAAGAAGCCCAAAGCAGAAAAAAUUGAUAAAGUGAAAGCCGAAGAGACAGAAGUUAAAAUUGAACCCAGCACACCAAGAAAUGACGACACAGCUAAGAAAGUCACAGAGGAACCCGAGGCUGGAUGCAGUACUUCAGUUAAAAAAGAAAUUGACACAAUACCUUUGUCUCUGCCCAAAUAUAAUCCUAACAAGCAAGCUAGGGGUCACUUCGGGUCAAAUAAACGCGCCCCACAUGCAGAUCUAGAUGACCCGUCGUACAAGAAGACUAAGAAGAACUACAGUGUAGCUAAGGACCCGCAGAGUAGUGAAGUGUACAAGUCGUUAUUCACAUCGCACAAGAGCGACCAAGAGCAGAAUAGAGCGCAUUGGGUCACAUACAAUCCAUUUUACAACUAAUGUUGUAAUAGAGACUAACUAAAAAGAUAACAGAUCAAGUUUAAAAAAAAAACAUUUUUUGGUAGAAAAAUGAACACAUGACAUAAACUUUACAAAUCAAUCAUUAUGUACUUUUGCUUUUAAAAAGUUAUCUGAAUGUUAUUUUUAUACUUGAUUUGUAGCCUUAUUUAAAUUUAAAUUGUAUAAUAAAACACUAUGUAAUUUUUAUAGUAUUUAUUACUAUUGCUGACUUAGAAACGUAAGAUUGCACCAACAAAUAUUGCACACAAUAAAAAAAAAAUACCAUAAACAAUUUUUGUGCUUUCUCUUUGGUACCAAACAUCACAAUUUAAACAAUAAUGGAAUGAUACUAUAAAAGUAUAAUACUUACUCCACAAGUAUAAUCUAACAACAGCUACUAGGGUUAAUAUUCUAAGAAUUAUCCGACAAUUCCCCGUUUACAACAGAAAGAAAAA